AUGCGGUUUCUACUCUUAUCAAUCCUCCCGGUACUCUCGGUCGAACCUGUCAUCAAAGCUCUAUGGAAUCUGAAUGCAAUGGCUGAGUGUAGACUGGGCUACACGGCUCUAGUCUACAACAACUAUGGGUGCUGGUGUGGGGUGGGGGGAGCUCAUACUCCGAUGGAUCCGAUUGAUGAGUAAGUGAGGUCAUAUUGUUGUUUUAAACAAGAAAUAAGUUAAAUUUUAUAAAUUGGCCAAGAACUUCUUAGACUAGUCUGGAACAGGCUAAAAAGCUGUGAAUUUUUAAAUUUUAAAUUUUUUAAAAUUUUUUUUGUAUAUAAAACAUAAUAUAAACUAAUUCGAACAUAAAUGACCAAAUAUUUUCUUAUUUUAGCUGUUGUCGGCGUCAUGACAAGUGUUACGAUGCAGCAAUUGCAGAGAAGGCUUGUCCAGAUGUUCCGAUUGAGUACGUAGAAGACUAUGAUUGGGUUUGUAACAAGACUAUUGAUACUCGACCUCAACCAACAUGUACUGGUAAGUAACGUACUAGGUCGUUCACUUGAUUCUGCGCCUCUUUUUGAAGUAAAUUUUGAAAUAUACUGUAGGCCUUAAAAAUGUAUUCAUAGAAAAAAGGUAAUCGUAGCAAAUACUGAUUUACUUUGCUUAUUGUGAUAAAACAAUGUCUUUAAGCAAUACAACAUGAUUGUUACAUUAACAUAACAUUUUUUAGAAUCUUCAAACAUGUGCAAGAACUACAUGUGUAAUUGUGACCAGAUGGUGGUCGAUUGUUGGUCACAGUAUUCCAGACCCUCCUUUAAAGUGUCAUGUACUCAUCAUGAUAAAGCCUUGGCCAAAGCUUUUUUUGACGCCAUUUUGAAUUAG